AUGGGCAUCUUCACGCUGCUGGCGUUUUUCUACGGUGCCGUCGGUGGUGCGACGAGCUUCCUCAUACUCUGCUUUAUCAUCUUUCGUAAAACCGAGAGCGUUCUCUCCGACACGGUGCUCAAGAAGGCACGCAAGCACGCUGAGUUUGACGCUGUCGCCAAGGAGGCCGCGGUGGUGGCCCCCGCCAAGGUAGAAACACUCUGCAAGAUGGUCCGCUUCGACAACGGCAUCGUCGGCGAUGCGAUUCCAUGCCGCAUGGUCUUCUACGGCAGCACCAUCGACGUAUAUCAGGUAGACAAGCUUCGCACGCUUCCAGAUCACCGCCACGAGGUUGUCUCGGAGCACAUGCUGGGCCGCAUCCACCGCGCCUGCAUCGUCGCCACCUCGCAACGCAUUUCCAAGUACCACCGCCACCGCAACCAGAGCACGCGCUAUGCUGCCAUCAAAGGCAAGUGCACCGUCCUGAACCACAAGGACGACAUGCCACUCUUCCUCGAAUGCCCGAACGCUAUCCUGAAGGAGCGACUGCGGUGUAUCAUGGAGCAUCAGGCGCAUGAGACCAUCAUGGAGCACCCGUGCCGCCGAUCUCGGCGUGACCGCAACCCGAUAACCGAGGAGGAGUUCGCGGUGGGGACGAAGCGUAUGCAGUACGAGGCGUACAACGAGAGGUGGGAUCACUGUGACACGGCGGCAAGAGGUUUAGGUUACCAGCACGAUUUGAUGGGCAUUAACACCGCCGCAACGCGCUGCCGUGGCUCCUCCCCCCUAUCGGCGUCGAACUUGCAGUAUUGCAGUUCUGGUGCCUCGGCAGGGCGCCGCGGUAGGGAGCUGCCACCAGGGGCGUUGGAGGAGGUGCCGCUGUCGAAAUGGACGUGCGUGGCAAUCAAGUUCCCAACGCGGCGUGUGCAGGAGCGAUGGCUCAAUCUGCUGCAGUCGACGCCAGAGUCAGUUCAGUGGCACGACUUCAUCACCCACCUGCCCCAGGUGGACGUUUUCAACCUCGUCAUCGCCCGUCUCUUCUUUGAGAACUCGCGCGCCAACACGCUGCACGACCUACUGGAAGAGAAGCUGAAGAAGAAACUAGCGCGGGUGUCGAAGUCGCUGCCGCCGAAGCUGCGCGGCAACAUUUUCCUCGACUUGCUGGACGUCGGAGGCGAGAUCCCGCUAAUCAGCAACGUGAGCGAUCCGGUGUCGUCGACGUGCGGCGAUACCGAGUUUGACUUCGAUGUGCUCUACCGCGGUGGGCUUGCGCUGAAGAUUCGAUUCUCGGUCCUGUACCGCGACAUCCGCGUGCCGGACAUUAUCUUCAGUAUCAAGGUGCUUGAGUUGGCGGGUCGCAUGCGCUUCGUCGUGGGGCCGCCGCCGACGCGCAAGUUCUGGCUCGGUGGGCCGCAGCCUCCGCAGCUGAGACUGGAGUUCACGCAGGAGGUAGCCUCGCAUGAUGGCAUUUUGAAUGCAGUUCUAAGGCUGCUACCAGACAUGAGCAAGACCGCGUCGUACAUUGUGAAAGUGCUGUUGUUCGAGGAUAUGGUGUUCCCGAACAUGGACGACUUCCCGUGGCCUGUUUUCGGCGAGGACAGCGACGAUGACGACUCGGCUACCGCGUACAGCGACGUAGCGGGCGCGGCGAAUGCGCAGAACAGCCGUCUAGAGUCGCUCGGAAACGCCCGGAACAGUAGCGACGCCGGCGGUGACCCAGAACGCCGGGGUAUCAGCAGCAACAGCACCGCCGGUGGCGCUGCCAACGAGAAUCGUGGUGUCCAGAACAGCGCGACAUCCGAGCAGCCCUCCACACCACCGCUGCGGCCGAUGCCGCCUUUUGCCUCGGCUCCUAGCACAGAGGUAGCACCCCCGCACUCCGGCAGUUUAGGCACCUUUGACAGCAACCGUGACGCGGGUGCGAAGUCGCUUACUCGAUCGACGCUGCUUCAGUCCUCGCUAAGGGCCGACCCGGCGUCAGCAAUCAGCACGCCGCUCCAUGGACUACCGCCGCGACCGCCGCGGAUGGCAUCAUCUGGGUUCCUGCACGGGACUGUUGCUCGUGUCCCAACGUCCCGGGCGGCGAGGUCGUUGGGCAGCCCUGCGUCGUCGGGGCCCAACUUGCAAUCUCCGUUCGACAGCGGUGACGAUGCUUGUCGCAGUACCUCUGGCACCUCGAGCGAUGGUAGAAAGUGA